AUGUUCAAACGAAACGCCACUUGCCUUAUUUUCACUACCUUACUACUAUUCUCUAGGAUAUGUUACGGGCAAGAGAGCAACUAUUCAAUUUACAAAAAUGACAAUACAGAGCAACUCGAAGAGUUCAGGAAUUCUAACACUACCAGUGAAGUAGAGUCCUCCUCGUCUACUGUCAUAACAGCAUCAGAAGAUGGUUCCUUUCCGGAAGGAAUUCAAGAACCUCCACUGGAUCCUUCAAUUACUAUACAAGAGGGAUUAAGUUAUCCCUUCAGGGAAAAACUAUAUGUCAAACCAUUACCAAAUAAUGAUCUUUUAACGUCUUUCCAAUUUAAGAUGAAUUCAGAAGAAUUUGCUCCAAGUAUUUCUUCGUUGAAUUACGGUCAAUAUAACCAUUUCACAGUUUUCCCAAAGGCAAUCGAAUCAGUUCUUCAUCGUACCGACACAAGGCAAUUACACUUGAGAUUCACAAGAGGGUUUUGGGAUGCUGAAACUUGGGGCCGUCUUCCACAUGAUGGAUUCAAAUCAGGUGGUAAUGGUGUAGAACUUUGGGCUAUUAUUGAAGCUGAAUCGAAAGAUAAUGCCUAUAGUAAAUGGAAAACUUUGGCCAAUUCGUUGAGCGGGUUGUUUUGUGCCUCGAUUAAUUUUAUAGAUAGCUCGAAAACGACAUAUCCCGUUACGUCAUUCCAGCCGGAUAAUGAUCAAGGUUUACCGGUAUUUGCUAACUCUAAGAAUCAAUUAUAUUUAAUUCGAGCAGCAUUAGCUAAUGAACCAAUAUGUACAGAAAAUUUGACUCCAUUUUUGAAAUUACUUCCAACCAAGGGUAAAUCAGGUAUAUCUACAUUCCUUGAUGGACAUAAAGUUUUUGAUUCCUCAUGGCAUAGUCUUUCGGUUGAUGUUAUUACUAAUUGUGACGUGAAUCAAGAUAAAUGUAAAUAUGAAACGGAUGCAGUAGUUGAUAUGGUGACACACGUACCAUAUAGUUUAGCAAGGAAUAAGAAUCCAAUUCCUAAACCACUACCUGCAGAGCAAUUACGUUGUGAUACGAACAAACCAUACGAUGCUUUCCAAUGUUUCCCCCUACCUGAAAGCACUGAGACAGAAUUCGAUUUAUCUCAGAUAUUUGGUAAGACGAUCAAGGGGAGUAGUAUGAUGUCUGAUAUUCCCUCACAUAUCUGUGCAAUUAUUACUAGUAAAUGGGAUGUUUCAAUUAAAGUCAAUGGAGAAUUAUUCGGUACUGAUGAUAAUUGCUUUGAAUUGGAUGGUAUGGAUGAGUAUGAUUUAUAUCUUGCUUCUUCCGACACAAGUGAUGUUACAACACUAAAUGAGGAAGUUCCACUUCACGUUAGUAGGUCCUUGACCGGAUACGGUCAGGAUCAUGGUGGGUUACGUACAGUUUUCCAAAACCCAACUCCAAUGCCCAUCACUGCGAUUUAUUUCGAAUCAUUACCUUGGUAUAUGAGAUUGUAUUUAUCAUCUUUAAAAUUGGAAUCGAUUGAUAGUUCAAAUCUACAAUUAGAAGAUGUCAUUGAUUCUGUGUAUUACAAUAGUGCAAUUGAUCACAAAAGACCUAGUCAUUUAGAAUAUACGAUAACGAUUCCCGCUAAUACAACAUUAGCGAUAUCAUGCCAAUUUGAUAAGGCAUUAUUACAUUUUGCUGAUUAUCCACCUGAUGCAAAUCAUGGGUUUGAAAUAGAAUCAGCUGUCAUUACAGUUAUUAAACCAUUCAAAUAUCAAAUUAGGACUGAAACUUUACUGUUAUCAUUAUCUACACCAGAUUUCAGUAUGCCAUAUAAUGUUAUCAUUAUCACGUCAACAGUUAUUGGAUUAAUAUAUGGUACGCUAUAUAAUUUAUUGGUUAAGAAGGUAGUACGAGUGGAACAAGCAGAUAAAUUAAUUGAACAACAAGCUGGAUUGAAAAAGAAACUUGUUGCUGUAGUAUUGAAAUUGAAGAGUAAAGUAGUUGAUAGAAUAAAACAAAAAAAAGUAAUUAAUUUUUAUAUAUAG